CAAAAAGUGAGAAAGAAAUUUGCAGAUUUUUUUGCAGAUUCUUUAAAUUCAGUUUGUUAAGAGGAAUUGGACUUGUCGUUCAUAAAAGUGAAUUUUUGUAAUAAUGGGACUUUUGUGCAACACGAAACUUCUAAAAUUUGUGAUGCUCUUGCUCACAUUGACACUAGAAAUCGAAAGUGCAUCAAGAUGGUAUACUGGCGAGAAUAAGCCUUACGAUUUCGGUUACACAAUUGAGGGAAAUCAACAUCGUCACGAAUCUAAAGAUAUUCAUGGAGUCAUAAAUGGCGAAUAUGGAUUCAUUACAGCCGAUAAUGUUUAUCACGUGACUGUUUAUGCGACUGAUGAAAAUGGAAAUUUUAAAAUUAUUUCAAUGAAAAAUAUUAAAUUAUACAAACAGUCUGAACAGCCUCAACCUCCAGUAACCUCAACGACACCACAACCUUUCACAGUAAAAGCAACUGAUCCUCCAACUACGGAGCCAUCAAAGAAAACUGUCGGUGAAGCAUGUGCAUCAUGUAAGUUUAUUCCAAAACCUGAAACAGAAACUGUCAAACCUUCAGUUCUACCUGAUGAAGAAUCUUCAACGAUACCACCUCCAUUUAAAAUAGUUAGUAAAGAAGACCCGUCGAGUGAUGGACAACAACAAAAAGUUGGUAAUGAAAAUAUUGACAAUUCUAUAUCUGUGGAUGUAAACAAGCAAGGUGGACAGUUGGAAAAUAAAAGCCAAAACAACAAUAAUAUUAAUAAUUUUAAUGUCCCCUCAAAAGCUGAUGGUAGGCAACCAUCGUUUAAUGAAAAGCUUAAUUCUGUCGAGCUUUCAAAUAAUAAGUUACAAUCAGGACAAUUUAAUCAACUUCAAGGAGGACAGCAACAACAGCAAAAUUCAAAUGGAUUACUUUAUCGCUUUGAUUAUGCUACAGAUUUUAAUGGACAUAAAGAGGAAGGAGAUCGAUCAGGCAAUAAAGAUGGUGAAUAUAUCUCCAUAGGACGUGAUAAUGUAAAAAGAGUAGUCUCAUACAAAGCAAACGAAUUUGGUUAUAUGCCAUACAUUAGGCAAGAGCCGUUAGGUUAUCAAUUUGAUGAGCGUAAUAAUCAGCUUCGUCGAUAUAAUUUUGAGUGGUUUUAUCCUCAUUCUACUUUAUAUGGUUAAAUGCUGUAAAUAUUACAACUGAACGUGAUGAUUUAAAUCCUAAUAAUGCUGCCA